UUCUCUAGCACCAGUCAAAGAGAAAAGUGUUCCUCCACAUCACAGAAGAGUCUUUGUUGCACACCAUUCAGGAUGCUGACGUGCCGCCUGCUGUGCAGCUUCUUCUCGGCCCUCAUAACCCUGAGCAGCAUCCCGGCCGGUGUGGAUGGAUGUAACGAUCCUCAGCCCAUUUGCGGCGCCCGAGCUCCUGGGGACGUCGUGAUUGGUAUAAUGUUGCCGUGUCAUCGUAAAGUGGCUCUCCAACAACGGAUUACACCUGAAAGCUUCCAGUGCUCUGAUUUUGAUCUGGUGUCGUUCAUGAGAUCUUUGGCUACCAUCCACGAGAUUGAUGAGAUAAAUGCCGCCGGCUUCCUCCCAGGAGUGCAUCUUGGAUAUAUUGUGUGUGACACAUGCUCCUAUGCAAGCAAGGCGUUGGGGGAUGUGGCGUACCUUCUCGAAGGCAAUGGGACUUUAAAUGUGAAGUGCAACUACACCGACUUCCGGCCUGAAGUCAAGAUUAUUUUAGGAGCUUUGAACUCGGAUGUGUCCAUCGCUUUGGCUGGCCUUCUCAACGUCUUCAUGGUCCCUAUACUGAGCAGCACAUCAUCUGCACCCAAACUGAGUGAUAAGUUGCGCUUCCCUUCUUUCAUACGCACCAUUCCCAGUGACAAGCAUCAGAGCAAAGCAGUGGCCAGACUGAUGAGUCACUACGACUGGAACUGGGUCGGGGUUGUGUAUGGGGACGAUGAAUACGGCUUAGCAGCUUUCCAGAGAUUCCUCAUAGAUGCUGAGGCAAACAAAGUGUGCUUGGCCUACCAGGAGGUUUUGCCUCAUUACCUUGGCAAUCCACAGACCCCGCAACGCAUUGAGGAAGUCGCCAAGCAGAUCCGCUCCUCCAAUGCCAAGGUGGUAUUGCUAAUCCUUAAGUCAGACCUGGUGGAGAGCCUUUUUAAGGAAAUGAUCCAGACCAACACAUCAAGGAUUUGGAUUGCCACUGAUGCCUGGUCCAGGAGCGGGUCCACUACCAAAAUGGAUGGCAUCAACAAGGUUGGGGACAUCUUGGGCUUCACGUUUGCUUCAGGCAAGAGUGAUUCAUUUGAAAAAUAUCUCAAGAAUCUGACAGCAACCCCAGGAGGAUACAACUACUUCAUUGAAGAAUACAAGAACCUACGAUUCAACUGCACCCCAGAAUGUUACUCCAAAACGCCCCCAUCCUAUUGUUCCACACCUGAGCUCAUGAAAAUAAAAUCUGCCAAUGCAUGCAAUUUCAAGGAUCCCCAAGAGCAAAAUGAUGACUAUCUUGUAAACGCUCUGGAUACAAGUCAAGCCUUCCUUUACAAAGUAGCUGUGCAGGCUGUAGCAAAUGCCCUCAAAAAGCUUCUGAAGUGCAACAGUUCAUUGUGCUUGGGAGAAAGAAACUUCCCACCAUGGAAGCUUCUUGAAGAACUGAAGAAAGUUGAAUUCAAUUAUGACAACCAAAAUUUCUCCUUUGACGUAAAUGGGGACUUUGCAAGUUAUUAUGAGCUGAUCAUGUGGAAACCGAACGGGGAAUAUAGAAAAAUUCAUCAGAUUGGGAAAUACAAUGUCACUGAUGGAAAGAUUAAAGUCAAUAUGAGUGACAUCCUCUGGCUUUCAACAGCCAACACCACGAACCCCCAGUCUAGAUGCUCAGAGAGCUGUCCCCCUGGCACAGUAAAAAAGAUCUUGAACGCAUCCUGCUGUUACAACUGCAUCCCAUGUGUAGAUGGGACCUAUUCGGAUAAAUGGGAUCUUGAUAACUGCUUAACCUGUCCCAAUGGAACCUGGUCUGUCACAAAUAGGACUACGUGCACCCCAAUAAAAGAGGCUUACCUGAAGUGGAGCGACCCUCACCCAAUCGUUAUGAUGGCCGCAGCAGCCUUUGGUGUCUUGCUCCUGUUGGUUACCUUCAUUAUCUUUUUAGUGUACAGAGACUCCCCACCAAUGAAAAGAGCAGAGGUGAGAUUGUCCUGUGUGAUGAUGGCUGGUCUAUCAGUGAGCUUUGCAAGUGUCAUAUGCUUCAUGGGCAAGCCGAAUGUACAUUUCUGCCGUGCCCGCCAGGUAAUGUACGCUAUGGGCUUCACCCUGUGUGUAUCCUGCAUCCUUGUUAAGGCCUUUCGUACUUUCCUGGCUUUCCUUCCCUUUGGUCAGCUGACAAGCAGGCAACUCCACAAACUUUACCAUCCACCUGCAAUUGUCAUCACUGUUACCACUCUCCAGGGGAUCAUCUGUCUUCUCUGGCUGAUCUUUGAUUCUCCUGAUGUUAAAUCUCCAUCUCAACAAAGCCUGAUCCAACAAAUCCAAUGUCAUGAAGGUAAAACAUAUAUAGGUUUUGGCAUUAUGUUAAGCUACAUAGCUCUGUUAGCAUUGAUUGGCUUCCUCUUGGCCAUCAAAGGCAGGAAGGUUCCACAGGAGGUCAGUGAAACAGGCUACAUCAUCUUUAGCAUGCUGAUGUACUUGUUUGUAUGGGUGUGUUUCAUCCCUGUCUACAUCACCAACAGUCAAAAUGGCACCGCUGUGCAGGUUUCAGCCAUCCUAGUGUCCAGCUAUGGCAUCAUCUUCUGCCAUUUUUUACCCAAGUGCUAUGAAGCACUUUGGGGGUCAAAGACAAACACAAUGGAGAAGAUUCUAAGAAAAUGGCAAUCCAGGAGGAAAGGUCCAGUCCAGUCCAGUCCGAAUUUUGAUUCCAUGGCAGAGAUAGCUAUAGAUAUCCCUGGAAAGAAGACACACUUACAAAAGAAUGACAGAUUGUCUAUAUCAAGUACAUCAACUAUAUUGAGGCACUCAGAGACAUUAAGCCCGAUCACCCCUACUGAUUCAGACCUGGACAUAAUGGACGUGUCCAAUGAAAAGAUAAAUGCCUACCUUAGGCUAAGAACACAAAUUAGGAAACGCAGUAUAUCCUUCUGAAAAGGGUUCCAGUCUAAUUGUAUUGCACUGAUAUUUAGUUAUACUGUCUCUUCUAUUCUAUUAAAAUAAUUUAAUAUUGAAGAAAUAGUUUUUCAACCUUAUCUCGUCAGUAAACAACAGUUACAAUUUCUUUCAGUCAGGUUUUUCAACCACACCACAUCACUGAGACAUCACUUAAGUUGUUAAGGUCUUCAAUGACACCACUUAAAUAGAGACAGGGGUAAAAGUUCUGUCUCAGUAUUACUCAGUAUUGUAUUUGACCACAAAAUAAAAAUAGACCUAUUAAAACUGGGUUGGACUUUAUGACACAUCACUAAACUGGUUUAUACCCAUUUUAAGAACAGGGACUAAUCUGUGUAUAAAAGUAAUUACACAUCUAAGGAGACAAAAAUGAAAUUCGGAGUUCCCCAAGGCUCCAUUCCCAGGCCUCUUCUGUUUGACAUUUACAUGCUUCCACUUGCUCGGAUGAUGGAAAACAACAAUAUAUUUUACAUUUUACAUAACCACGUAACUAAGGGACUAUGGUCCAAUGCAAAAACUGAGUAUAUGCAUUGAACAUUUUAACUAUGGACCUUUUUCACAGCUGACAUUUUGACUUGUCAUAGUAGGAAAAGCACAACUGAAAUUCAUAACCUGAUGGUUCAAUUCCAUCAAGUGUCCCAGUGAGCUAUUUCAGUGAGUCAACACGCAUAACACCAGGGCCUCCCCUAAGUGUAAUGCAGCCACCAAAAACGGUUUUGAACACACCAGUGCUUUUUCUACUAUGACAUGUUAACAUGUCUGCAGUGAAAAAUGUUUGUUGGAUUUGCCAGAAUUAUAGAGAAAACUGAGGUAGUGUUUUUUGAAUGAUCAAAAGUUGGCGCUCAGCUUCAAUUGGUAAUGAGCAAUGUU